AUGGGCCCCCGAUUUGUCGAUUGUGGUCUAGGUAUAAAAAGGGCUGCCCCUCUUGUCCAUCGCUCACUGAAUGCAACUCGGUCGACUCACUGCACGCAGCUUUUCACUAGUACCAACUCAACUCUCACACCCUCGUUGAAUAUUCACUCAGGAUCACAAUUCUGGUCUCGUCUCACUCCAGUGAUAUCCGACGAAUUUCUUGCUCAAUGUAUUGAGUUCGCCAAGGCUAGGCAGCGUACCAGUUCAUCCACCGCGGAAGAUAUCUCCACGUCGCAGAGCUCAGUUGUUACGCUCCCAUCCCCUUUGUCUGAGAUGGAGGCCAAGCACUACUAUGAUGGCCUGCCCUCUGCCCCAGUCUUGGUUGCUCGAACCAGCACCACUCCGUGGCAGGAGCCCUCCGGCCCAGAGGCAUACCGGACAGCGAAGGAGCUCGGCACCGUCUACAACCACGCACUCUCUAAGGCCUGGAACGACAACCUGGCUCCUAAAGUCUUCAACCUUCUGGACUCGAUGAAGAUACAGUGGACUAGCAUCGAUAUCGUUCGCAUUGGGAACGCCGGAGAGUCUUUUAAACCCGUCAUCCUCUGGAUCGGCGUAAGACCCGCAACUCUCUCUGGCUAUGACGGCCUCGACGUAGCCUCGAAGUGUCGGAACAUUCUCGUUGAACACGAUAUCUCCGACGUCGAUGUCGAAAUCCGGGAGUCGGUACGCUGGGGUGGAGGGGCAGGGCUGGGUCCAAGCUCCUGA